AUGUCGCGGCAAUCUGAUCUUUCAGUCCCUAAAAGCGGCGCAUCCCGCUUCUCCAAGGCGUUGCCUGGAGUCCCCGGAUUCGAAGAUUACGACGAUGAGGACAGCGAGAGCAACACUGUGAACAGCAGCAUCAAUCAUAAUCGAAAGAAUAGCGAGUUUAGUCUCCCGGCGAGAACCUCGUCGCUCGCAUCACCGCCGCCGACGAAGAGCCUCCCGCUUCCUCCGCUGCCUCCCGUGCCCCCGACCAAGACGCUGCCGACGACGCCGCAGCCAAAUCGCGGCAGCAAAGAUAGCCUGAAUCAAAAUAUUAAUAGUAAUACCCCAAGUUACGCGAACACCAGCAGCCAAAUCAGCAUCGCGGCGCCCUCACUUUCGCCCAGCAGCUCCGUCUCGGGGAGCCUGCAGUCGCCGCCCUUGAGUGGCCGGUCCAUGAUGUCGAUCCCGCGGAAGCCCAUCGCGAACCUGCAGCUGCCUGCGCCGACGACGCAAUUCUUGGCCCAGCCAUCGCCCACCUUCUCUCUGUCGAGCAUCCUGCUGGCGUAUAUGGAAGAUGGUGACGAGUCGCAGCAGAGCAGUGCGGGCGAGAAAGGACAGGAAGUCGCAGCAUCGGGUAGCGAAAACCCAGUUGCUGCGCCUGCCAGUGCUCCAACCGCCAAUGUCACAGGCGGCAGUGGCUCACUGCCUGCUCGCCCCAACGCUGGCAUUGGCCACUCCCAGCGCCCUGCUGAUCGAAAUCUUCCUCCACCACCCUCCAAAGACGAGAAACCAACGCCUCCAAGACCAGACAGUCCAGAGCUGACCUCCCCAUCAUCUCCUCGCCCCGAGAUCUGGAAACGCCGUCCACACAUGAGCCAAGCCAGCAGAGAGCUCCCCGGCCUCAAGCUCGACUACAGCCAUGGAUCAACCGCAGAUACACAGCUCCCCCCAGACGCAGCUGGACCGGAGACAACGUCGGAGCCAGCGUCCGAUACGGCCAAGGCCGCAGCCCAGCGAGCUCCUCCGUUUGCUGGCGGCUUGCCUGGCCGGAAUAUUCGUCCCUCGCUGCCGGCAAAGGACCAGCCGCCCCCUGCCACGCAAGCCAUGGGGAGCGAAACAUCCAAGCUGAGGCAGAUCAAAGACAGACUUGGCUCUCAGCGGUCCGAGUCGGUAUCCAGCACUUCUAGUACGAAAGCUGGGUUCCCGAGUGUCCCAGCCGCGAAGCGACCUCCAACACCAGAAUACCAGAAGGAAGAGGUCAAAGAGCCGGUUGUCGAGCCUUUCAUCUCUCCCGUGUCUCCAGCGUCAUCUCCCGAGGCUCCACGGGGCGCUUCUCCGGACUUUUCAAAAGGUCUCCCACCACAGCCUUCCGGUGACCAGACUGCAGCAGCAAGCGCUCUGAAACCUGUAUCACGAAAGGCCCUGCCGACAAGCCCCAGCCAGGACUUCACAGCUGUCAAGAAUUCUUUUCGUCCGCCGUCUGACGCCAAUAGUACCGGUGCAUCCAGCCAAGGGGCUGUAUCCACAAUACCACCAAAGGACGAUGCUGUAUCUGCACCAGUGGUUGCACCGGCAGCUUCUCCUCCUAAAGAUGAUGCAUCUGCCCGCUCACUUGUUUCUGGAGGAACAACCGCAGUGCAGCCCCAGCCCCAGCCCCAGCCUGCCGUGAUCCGAGCAAACGUAACCCAAACAGUGAAGCCUCAGCUCAGCGAGCCCCAGGCGACAGCAGACCCGCGACUUUUGCAAUCAGAAACACAAGGGCUCUUGUACCGGGGCCGUGAUGGCACGCUCUAUGCGGAGAUGAAAUCCGAUGGCGAACCUCAUCCCAAGGCUGCAUAUUUCCCCACACAAAAGUAUCCAAAUCUGCCCAGAGAUGGUAUUGUCAAGGCGAGACCUCUUAGCGACACACAUUUCAACUGCUUUCAACAACACAGAACCAUGGCUCGCCGAAGCAACAGGAAUUGCCCACUCACCUGUCAAACUUGCGACAGAGCAGACGCCGAAGAUCGCUGGGUGUGUGCCUUCUGCCAUCUACGGAUAUGCGAGGCCUGCAACCGCAAGCUUGGCAGCUAUCAACGGGAUCUCCGCCGUUUAGUUGAUGGCCUGGCCAGUGCUGGUCCUUAG